AUGGAGAUAGGCAAGCUAAAUCCUCUCGCCAUCAUCACUAACAAUAAUAACACCACCAUAUAUUUCAUUCUCUUCUCGUUAUUCAUCUUCGCACUAAUCAAAUUAGUCCGCACCAAACCCAAGGUUUCCCCCGGGCAGCUGCCCCCCUCCCCUCCCGGGCUGCCCGUGAUCGGCCACAUCCACCACCUGGUUGGCCGAGGGUUGCCCCACCGCGCACUCCGCAGCCUAUCCCGGCAGUACGGGCCCCGCGUCCUGGGCCUCCAGAUAGGCGAGGUCACGGCCGUGGUCAUUUCCUCCCCGGGGCCUGCCCGGGAGGCACUAAGGGAUCAGGACCCGGCCUGUGCCGACCGGCCCCAGUCCGUCUGCGGCAGUAUCGUGUGGUACGACUAUGUCGACAUCGCCUUCUCACCCUAUGGCGAGUACUGGCAGCAGAUGCGCAAGAUCUGCACCAUGGAGCUCCUGAGCAUGAAGAACGUGAGAUCCCUGUGGCCCGUCCGGCUAGACGAGGCCGAUCGUCUCUUGAGAUCCAUCGCGCCUGGGGAGGCCGUCAAUCUAACGGACAGGGUAAACUCGUUCACAACGUCGGUCAUAUGCAGGGCAAUGUUCGGGAAAGCGGAGAGGGACGAGGCGGCGUUGUUGGCGACGAUGCAGGAGGCGUUGACUUUGGUGCAGGGGCUCUUGCUGGCAGAUUUCUUCCCGUCAUUUAAGUGGCUUCAGGCGUUGAGCUUGAAGAGGCGUCGGUUGAUGAGGAUGAGGCGUCGGCUGGACGGGAUUCUCGACGGGAUUCUGGAGGAGCAUAGGUCCAAAGGGAGGAGAGGCGAGUUUGGUGGAGAGGAUAUUGUGGAUGUUUUCAUCAGGAUACAGAAGAAUGGGGGGCUCCAGUUUCCCGUUACUGAUGACAACAUCAAGGCCGUCAUUUUUGAUAUGUUCAGUGGUGGAUCUGAAAGCUCGUCCGCCAUCGUCAAUUGGGCCAUGGCGGAGCUAAUGAGAAAUCCGAGAGCGAUGGCAAAAGCACAGUCAGAGAUACGCAGUUCCCUCAGAGGCAAGAAGAAUAUUGAGGAGAGCGAUCUCACGGGGCUAACGUACCUCAAACUAGUGAUCAAAGAGACUCUGAGACUGCACCCUCCGGCCCCUCUCCUCACGAGAGUAUGCAGGGAUGAAUGUAAGGUCGAUGGCUAUUUAAUUCGUCCCAAAACUAAAGUCUUGGUGAAUGUAUGGUCCAUUGGAAGGGACCCAGAGUACUGGGCUGAUCCCGAGAUCUUUGAGCCAGAAAGGUUCGCUAACAGCUCGGUAGAUUUCUUAGGGAACAACUUCGAGUUCAUACCGUUUGGGUUGGGCCGAAGGAUCUGCCCUGGCAUAAAUUUCGGAUUGGCAAACGUGGAGCUCCCGUUGGCCCUCCUUUUGUAUCACUUUGAUUGGAGAAUGCCUAAUGGGAUGGAUCCUUCGGAUAUGGACAUGAGUGAAAAGGACGGAAUGACCGCCCCGCGGAAAGAUGAUCUUUUCUUGGUGCCCAUAGCCUAUGACCAUUCAACUGCAAACUCGCAACAUGAUCAGGCUUAG